GGCAACGGCUCGAGGCGCUGCGGCGCGAGUGCGUCACGCCGGCGGAGGGCACGGUGGGCUGUGGCCGACCCGCCGACCAGCAGCCGGGCGUCCGGGGCGAGGGGCAGCGGUCGCACCCGCCCUGGCAGCUGCGAGCGGCGCGGCCGGGGGUCGCCAGCGAGCAGUCACCGCUCCAUUCAUUCCCGCGGCUCCGCCUCCUUUCCCGGACUCCGGGGUGCGUCUGAGAGGAUGGCAUUCCCUGUGGACAUGCUGGAUAAUUGCAGUCACGAGGAACUGGAAAAUUCUGCUGAAGAUUAUAUGUCAGAUCUAAGGUGUGGGGACCCUGAAAAUCCUGAGUAUUUUUCUCUUCUCAAUGUUACGAUUCCUAUUAGCCUGUCAAACGUAGGCUUUGUACCUCUUUAUGGUGGAAAUCAGACCCAGAAAAUUCUUGCUCUUUUUGCACCUGAGGACUCACUCACAGCUGUGGCUCUUUACCUUGCUGAUCAGUGGUGGGCUAUUGAUGAUAUUGUGAAAACAUCUGUCCCUUCUAGAGAGGGGCUUAAGCAGGUGAGAACUCUUGGGGAGAGAGUGGUUCUGUAUGUUCUGAAUCGAAUUAUUUAUAGAAAACAGGAAAUGGAAAGAAAUGAGAUCCCAUUUCUGUGUCAUAGCAGUACUGAUUAUGCUAAGAUUCUGUGGAAGAAAGGAGAGGCCAUUGGAUUUUAUUCAGUUAAGCCUACAGGAAGCAUAUGUGCUUCAUUUCUUACCCAAAGCUACCAACUACCAGUUCUUGAUACAGUGUUUAUCAGAAAGAAAUAUCGAGGCAAAGAUUUUGGGCUUCAUAUGCUGGAGGACUUUGUUGAUUCCUUUACAGAAGAUGCACUUGGCUUGCGCUAUCCACUGUCCUCUCUCAUGUACACAGCUUGCAAGCAAUACUUUGAAAAGUAUCCGGGAGACCAUGAACUCCUUUGGGAAGUUGAAGGUGUUGGACACUGGUGCCAGCGAACACCAGUCACCAAAGCAUUACAGAGAGAAACACUUAAAGUUACAGCAGUUCCUCCAAAUGAAGCUAGAAGACCUAUGUCUGGAGAAUAUAGUCUGGCAUCUGUUCCAGGUUAUGAAGCAGGAAAUGAAGACAAUCAAGCUAGUGAGAUGCAGUUAACUAUUGAUUCUUUAAAAGAUGCCUUUGCAAGCACGUCUGAAGGUCAUGAUAAAACACCUGUUUCUACUCGUACUCGAAGUAGUCAUCUUAAGCGGCCAAAGAUUGGAAAGCGGUUUCAGGAUUCUGAAUUUAGUAGUUCUCAAGGAGAAGAUGAAAAGAUUCCCCAGACUUCACCUACAACUUUAGUAAACAAAUUGGAGUCUACUGCACACACAUCAGAGAGCUCAGAAGAAUUCCUGGAAGAAGAACAUGAACAAAGUGUGAUUGAAUUUGAGAACGGAAGUAGUGAUAAAGAUGCUCGUUCAGCAUUAGAAACUCAGCCUUACCAAGAGAAGCAAGAUGGUGAGAAGGAAUCUGAAUUAGAGCCUAUGAAUGGUGAGAUAAUGGAUGAUAAUCUUAAGACCCCGCUUAUAACUGAAGAGGAAGACUCCUCUAAUGAAGUUUUAGAUGAAGAAUUAAAAUUGCAGUCUUUUAAUUCCAGUGAAGACUCUACGAAUCUUGUUCCACUGGUGGUAGAAUCUUCAAAACCACCUGAGGCUGUUGCACCGGAUAAGACGUCACAUAUAACUGACUCAGAAAUGUUGCUAGACGAAGGCCCAUCUGAUGAAAAGGGGCACACCGAAGAGAAACUGCCACUAGUUUCGAGAAAGAAGGCACAUUUUGGGAAUUCAGACAAUGUUGCUACUAUCCCAAAUGAAGAACGAUCCGACAGUGGUUUUCCAAACUCUGUGAUAGCUGAAUUUUCUGAAGAAUCAAUCUCUGAAAAUUUAUCACCCAACACUACUUCCUCAUUGGAAGACCAGGGUGAGGAGGGGGUACCUGAACCCCAGGAAACAUCUGCAGCUCUUCCUCAGAGUUCUUUGAUAGAGGUUGAACUUGAAGAUGUGCCAUUUUCACAGAAUGCGGGACAGAAGAACCAGUCAGAGGAGCAGUCGGAAGCAUCUUCUGAGCAACUGGAUCAGUUUACACAAUCAACAGAAAAAACUGUGGAUAGCAGCUCAGAGGAAAUAGAAGUGGAAGUGCCUGUUGUAGACAGGCGGAAUUUAAGAAGAAAGGCCAAGGGGCAUAAAGGACCUGCUAAGAAAAAAGCCAAGCUGACCUGAAUGAAGAAGUGCAGAUGAUAAAUCCUCUUCUUUGUAACAUAAUUGUUGUUUUUUAAAAAUGGUAAUAAAUAGCAUGGGGCACAGGACAAAAAUUCCAAAAUUUCAAUUUGAGCUUAUUUAUGAUGCAAUUUUUCCCUCCCCCUUAGGACCUCUAGGAUUCACCAUUGUUUUUAAUUUUUCAGGCUAUUUUGUGUAAAUACAGUUUUUUAUUUUUAUUAACCAUGUUUCGAUUUUGGGAAACCAGAUCAUACUAUAUUUUCUUCGGCAGUUGGGGACUUCUGACCAUUAAUAUUUCAGAAAAGAAUAUAAACUGAAAAACAUAGUAGUAGGCUUUCCAUUUCUUGUGAGGUUCAUGGAACUCUUUUAUACUGAGGGUUUUAAUAGUAAACUUGGUGAGGGUUCUAGAAGUUUUAACUUAAAUAUCAAAACUAAUCACCAUUUUUAAACAAUGUAGGCAUGCCUAAACAAAAAUAUCAUUAAAUUAGAAUAAAUAUAACUUCCACUAAAUGAGAGCACAAAUAACAGAAAUUUGUAGUCAAAGGUUUAUGAGGGUGGUAUCUUGGCCUCUUAACUCAUAGUUGUAUAAUUUCUUCCUUUGACUUCAAUGUCUGUGGAAAGGUACAAACUGUUCCCAACCCUUUAUAACAUCUGAUAUUAAUGGUACUGCUAGGGAUUUAAUUCUGGCAUGUAGGUACUGAAAUAAUGAUUUAAAAUUUCAUUUGAAGCUGAGGACUAUACUUUUGUCCUCACCUAGUUAACAUGUGUACUUCAGAAGUGUGAGAACCCUUCCUAAGACUGCUCCUUAAUCCUGCCACUGCCUUUAUUCUAGAAUCUUAUAUUCCCUUCAGCUUUCAUCGACUUCCAUAACUCGGGGAAUGAUUCCUGUCAAAAGAUCUACCUGCUUGCCUGCCAGCUUAUGCGCUUGGCACCCAUUUUUGGGUAGGUAUGAAACUACACCCCACAAUUUUAGAUCUAGAUGGCAAGAAUAAAACUGCCCUAGGAGCUGUAGUUACAAGCACGUAAAUCAAAUUGGAGGCUUUGGUUAUCCCUUUGCUCUUGCUCACUGUUUAUUCUGUGAGGACAGGUUACAAGCCAACCUGUAUGUGUUCAUUGUGUUGCCAUAGCAAAGGCUUUUGCCUAGGAAAACUUAAAAAAGCCUCAAUUAAUUGUUUUAUUUAGAAAUGACCAAAAUGGUUAUUAGCAUCCAAAGAGAAUCUUGAAACAAUCCUACUCUUCGGAAGUAUUAUGUGUACUCAACUUUGCACCAAAGUUGGGGAAUGCUUUGAGACCAUUUAGGAUUGUUUUAAAAAUAAGCGUGGUCCUUACAUGAAAAAACAUAUUACGACCUUUGUUACAAUUUGAAGUGAUAAGAAUUGAUGUUAAAGGUUUUUCAGUCCACAGUCAGGUGAUGUCAUUAAUUUUAUUUUGGAUAUUGGUAUUUUAGAAAGAUCUGAAGUAAAAUCUUUAAGUAGGCAACAUAGCAAACCCUCCUGUUCAUGUAAAAUUGUGAUACUUAUUUUCUUUAAUUAUUGGUCAGAGGUAAGCCAGAUUAUCACGCUAAAUGAAAAUUAAAGCAGUCUGGCCAUUUGUUUUUCUUUAAAAAUGCUCAAAAAGUGAAAGAAAAAGUAUGAGUAAUAGUAAUAUGUAUCAAACGUUUAUGCUGUUUUAUACAUUUUGUGAGAAACUUUUGUUAAUUCCACAAAUAGGGAAAUGUUAAGGUUUAGUAAAUUCUUAACCAUUUUUAAUUUCUUAAUAGAUAAAAAUCUAACACUUAGAUAUUUUACUUUUUUACCUGGAUUGUUCAUUGUUCUCUUUAAAAUACUUUUCUUUAAAAAGGUGUAGUUUAAUAAGAUUCAGCUCACUGACAACUCUUAAUGUGUGAAUAUAGUUGCUGAGUUUACAAAAUAGAAAUGUUUUAUUCAUAUAUGAUCACUGGGGACUAACAGUAUAUAAACUUAUACUUGUUAAACUUGUUUAUUCUUAAACAAGAAUUGCAUUUUAAACAAUUUCAAAACUUUUUGUUUAGUACAUAAGAAAACUUUCGUUACUUACUAACUCUAACAGAAAACGUUAUUUUGUCAUUGAUAGGUGGUAGAGAAAGUUAGAUCACAUGGGAAAACCUAACUUUCACAUUCAGUAACAUGUUCAUUUUCAGUAAAUGAGUAUAGAAUUUAUAACAAAAUUUAUCCUCAAUACGGAAUCUAAAUAAAACUUAAUCAGAUACAUGUAGUUUUUGCAAGGCAUUAUAAGAAAAACUUUUCAGAAUCAAAGAACUAAAAUCUGAUUUCAACCAGCUAGUUGAGUGUCUAGUCACAUUCUAUAGUCCUUUGUGAACUGUUUUUCUGUUUAGAAGUCUUAUUUGUGGAGAAGGGAGUUUACUUCAGUUUGUGUAAAUACGUAUAUAUUUCCUUGUGUAAUAUAAAGCAGAUAGUGAUUAGCAAAAUUUUAGUUCUCCUUUCAAGUUUAAAUUAUUCAAUUGCUAGACAUCACAGAAUAAGUAUAUUUAAGAAUUUAUUAUAAAGCUCCUCUACAACUUUUAAAGGUAAGAGGUCUAUUAUGAUUUUUUUAUAAAAUCAAAUAGCAUGACAAUAUGUCAUCUGCUUAAAAUGUGUCUGUAUUCAUGGUGUUUCCAUUAAGUACAGAGAAUUAUCACGGCAAGGAUAACAAUUACUAGUGAUUAAUGGUUCAGUUUUAGCUCACCACCAGGACACUACCUAAAGUGGUUUCAGUGACUUGAGAAAAAUAUCUUGAAGGUUUAUGAUUGAAUCAAAUGGAGUCUAUACCUAGUAUCUAAUAUCUGCUCUUAUGUUCUGCUUUACCCUUAGGGAGUACCUUCUAAAAUUUGGUCACACCAGCAAACUAAAACAGAUCUUACUGUAAAUAAUUUAUACUAACAUUAGUCAUCUGUGUACCAGUAUUUUAGAAGUACAUUUCUGCCUUGUAUGUCCACUAACAGCAAUAUGGUGUUUAAGGUGUUACCCAGUAUUUCAUGGGUGUGAUUAAUUAUGCUUCUGUUUGCAUACUUAAUAUCAAGCUUUCUUUGUACAAGAUGAUUUACUUAUUUGGGGUUCUAAAAAAUAAGCAAACCUCAGUUCUGUAGUAUUAAGUGCUUACGUUUAGUUGCUUUUGUUGUUUUCACCUUUCAAAAUUUAAGUCAUUCACACAUUCCCCAUUUCUAUUAGUGGCAAAAUCAUUUGUUACAAUCAUUGUAAGAAAGGUUCAGCUCUGUCAUCCUGAAGUAAUUGUAUCAUACUGGAUAGUCAUGCCCAAGGAACUAGCCUCUAUUUUCCUAAGUGUCUGUGUUUUAAAACUUCUGUUUAUAGAACUUAGAAAAGAUACGUUAUUCAGCAUAGUAAGUCUUACCGAAGUACUCAUUUGUUUUCUUGGUAGUUGGGGUUAUUUUUUUUUUUUAAGUUUAAAAGUAAUUAAACCUAUAUUUUGUGAUUGUUUCCUGGUCUGUGUUUUGAAAUUAUUUCCCUUUUCUCUAAUUUCAUUGAUGAAGAUGUGUUUAGAUAUUGAAUUUGUUCAGACAUUAAAAUGAUUUUGUUAAAAGGGAGUUUGGUUGUACCUUCAAGACAGACUUUAAAAAAUAAACAGAAUUCAAAACAAUGUGAUUAUAGAUUAAUAUGAACACCCUAAAGCUCAAAGCCACAAACAUGUAAUUCAUCACAAAAGUGCUUUGACCUAGUUACAACCCUCACUUAUUUUUUUUAUAUUAUGUAAAUAACUACAAAUAUCUUUCUCUUUAUGGGCGUCAGUGCAGUCUUUCUUUUUAAAACUAUUCUACUUGGAAUUAUUUAAAACAAAUUUUUACCGUUCUAAAAGUAAAAUUUACUACCCUAAGUUCAGAAUAUAGAAAAUGCUAAACAUAUAAACAUUUUGGUGCAUUUUUUAAAUGUUUAGAGUAGAAAAUAGUUCUAAGUAGGUAUUACUAUAUGAGAGAAAAAAUGUUCAAAAUACUAACUUACUGUCUUAAGUAGUUAAGGAUUAGAGGUGAAAAGAUUUAUCUAAAUAAGUUCUUCUGAAUUCAAUUUAGUAUAGUUUGUCUUUCCUUUUGUAUUUUUUUAAUUGAGGAAUAUUGGGGAACAGUGUGUUUCUCCAGGGCCCAUCAGCUCCAAGUCGUUGUCCUUCAAUCUAAUUGUGGAGGGCGCAGCUCACUGGCCCAUGUGGGGAACAAACCGGCAACCCUGUUAAGAGCUGGCGCUCUAACCAACAAAGCCAUCCGGCUGCCCUUCUUGUAUACUUUUAAUGUGAAUACUUUAUAAACUUAACAAACGUUACCAUGUUGUUAAUGCUACAUUUCUUAGGAUUAAUGGUGAAUAAUGAGGUGGAAGAGACUUCAGGUAAAAGUUUGAGUCAUGACCAAGUUUCAUAGCCUAGGCCUCACAUUUAAGUGUGUAUAUACAACCCUUAAUGAUAAAAGGUGUUUUUAACUAUACUGGCU